CCAGUUUUUGUCCACUUUCAUUUUUACACACCAUCCAAUGCACUUCUUUAAUCCAUUUUAUCUUGUAAUUUGUAUAUUAAAAAAUUAUAGAAAUUAUAUAUUAAUAAUCUAUAUGUUAAGACAAAUCAAACAAGAUCACACAUGACUAUAUUUAGGCUUACACAUUGAGAGAAUUUGAUGAGUCAAAGUUGUUUGCAAGACAAAGAUUCUUACAUUUCGCUAAACUUUCCUGAAUCUUAUUUGGCGCUGAAAGGAAAUAUUGUGAUGCGAAGAGUUUAGGGUUUUUAUGAUGAUAUUGCUAUGAGGAUGCCAAGCCAUAUGCUGCUUGAUAUCCUACACCUGUUUUCCCGUAAUACCCUUAUAGCAUGAAGUAUAGACAAGUUAACAUAUCACCUCAACUUUUCUUAAGAGAGAGUUACCAUCCUUAAAGCCACUAUUUCCUCCGGUAUACUUUUUGAGAGCAAAAUCUCUUAUGAACUCUGCAGCCAAAGAGGUGUUCUUGAUCCUAAAAUCCCGACUCAACCACCAUGCUCACCUCAUCAACCACCACAGAACCAUUGUAAAAGUUCGUCUAAAAUGGGUCAAAAACCGAGGCUUAGAUCACAUCAUAGAUGUCCAAACAGAUCUUAAAGCUGCUUGCCUUCUCAAGAAUGCAAUUGUACGCUCCCCUUCAGGAUACCUCACCUCUAAGUCACUUGAUGACUCCCAUAAACUCCUUGGUCUCACUGUCCCUACACUCCGGUUCAUCCGCCGAUUUCCCACUCUCUUUGAGGAGUUCCCACACCCCAAGUAUCCAUCUAUGCCUUGCUUUAAGCUUACCCAUGUAGCAAAAGUCCUUCAUGAUCAAGAAAUGAAGGUGUUCGAUGAUGUUCAGAGUGAUUCAAUGCAGAGGCUCUCCAGGGUCCUGAUGAUGAGCAAGAACCGAAUGGUACCUCUAGAAUCUCUGCAUCAACUGAAAUGGGAUUUAGGAUUGCCUGAUGAUUUCGAUAGGAACUUUAUCAAAAAAUUCCCAGAGAAUUUUGUGGUCGUUAGAGGUGGCUCAAAUGGUUCCCCAUGUCUAAAACUUCUCAAAUGGGAGGACCAUUUUGCAGUCUCUGAGCUGCAAAAGAUGAACAAUAAGGAUGAGUCAGGUGGCAAUACCGACACCACGUCCGUUUACAGGCAAUUCAGAAAGGGGAAAUCCGCGUUGGAAUUCCCCAUGAGUUUCCCCAGGGGCUAUGGAGCGCAGAAGAAGGUGAAAGCCUGGAUGGAUGAGUUCCAGAAUCUUCCCUAUAUUUCACCCUAUGAAGAUUCUAGCGGAAUAGAUCCCAACAGUGAUCUGAUGGAAAAACGGGUUGUUGGCGUGCUGCAUGAAUUCUUGAGCUUGACCCUGUACAAGAAAACAAAGAGGAACUACCUAAGGAGCCUCAGAGAAGAAAUGAAUCUUCCCCAUAGAUUCACGCGAAUAUUUACUAGGUACCCGGGGAUAUUUUACCUCUCAAUGAAGUGUAAAACAACCACUGUGGCACUCAGGGAUGGGUACCGUCGUGGGAGACUGGCAAACCCACAUCCACUCACCCGCCACAGGGAUAAGUUUCAUCAUGUGAUGAGGACCGGGUUAAUCUAUCGAAGCAAAGGACUUGACAUUUUGCCUCAGCUUGACGCUGUUGAAAACAAUCCUGUUGAAGAAGAAGAAAUUGAUGAUGAUGAUGAUGAUAGUGAUGAGUGUUACAAAUCUGGAAGCUCAGAUUCUGAUGAAGAAGAUGACUAACGUUCAAUGCUUCCCUUUAGGUACCCAUGUUUGAAAUCUUCAUAUGUACUUUGUAGUUAUGUUUUUAAAUUUUCUUGUUUGUAAUCUCACAAUUAUUUUCAAGUGCGUUCUUCCCUUUGAAUCUUCCCAAUCAACAUGUGUGCCAUAUUCUUCGCAAUCAAUAUGUGUGUCUUAU